AUGAAUCCCACCAGACGACGACGGCAGAAGACUUCGUCAGCUUGUCAGAGAUGCCGUUCGCGAAAAUCAGGAUGCGAUCGACAUCGGCCAUGCCAACUAUGUGUCCGAGCUGGGGUGCCAUGCGUACCUAGUAGGAACACUGGUGCUAGUCCAUCAUCAGAACAGUCUGUUGCGGUAAAUACGCAGGCUAGCCCUAGCCUGGACCAGACUCGCUCCGAAGAUGAAGAAAGGGCCGUUUUACCGGAACAGAGCAUCGUGGAGCUGACCACGAAGAUUGUACCUCAUGGUUAUCCGGCCUACGACACUUCAGCGUUGCCGGGAGGAAAAGAAAUGGAAGGAUCGGUUUCAGCCAGCGCGCAAUCAUGGCAAGAUACUAUCGGGUUACUACUUCCUCCCAGAGAAGUACUUGAUACACUGCUUGACCAGUUUUUCAACUCAGUCAAUUGGUUUAUGAUGAUCUUUCACGAGGAGCAUUUUCGACAACGCUACGAGAACUUCUUAACAUCCACUCAAGGUGUAAACCCAAUUGAUAACAACUUCCUUUGGCUUGCGUUGUUGGCUCUUGGGCUAGGUGCCCACUAUUCCUCAUUGGGUAGAUCCUCUGAUCAAGACGAAUUUUCACUGCGUCGAUUUUCCGAGACCAUUUUCACACGAGUUGAAAAUAAAUUUUGUCGUAUCAUUGGCUCACCAAAUGUCGAGGCCGUUCAAGUUUGUAUACUUUUAGGUAGCUUCCAUUUGUUCAACGGCCAUCCCACAUCUGGCAUUGGUAUUCUUGGAAGCGGCGUCAAGAUCGCUCAGAUCAUUGGAUUACAUCGGGAGUCUAUGUGGAAGGGGAUUUCAGAUAUCAACAGAGAGGUGAGGCGACGGUCAUGGUGGGCGCUUGAAGUUUUUGAUAAAUAUGCCGCCAUCGCCUUCGGAAGACCCUGUACCAUAGAUGAGUCUGAUUGCAGUGUUGAGCCUCCAGCCGACGUACGCCUUGAAGGUCAACUAAUUUCAGAUCAAAGUGCACUGCUGGAAUACCAUCGACAAAAGUUCAAGCUUUAUCGACUGAUGGGCCCUUUCCUGGGUCGCAGGAGCCAGACAGAUCGGUUGGAAACCGUAAACAACCUCCAUGGUCAGCUCCUUCUUUGGCAAAUGCAACUGCCGGCAAGUCUACGACUACAGACGUACAAGGACGAUGCUCCUUCGGAGAAGCCAUCACUCUGUCAGUUGCAAGCCUUGGCGCUUCAAUUAACUUACGACAAUCUCCAGAUUAUCCUUCAUAGAAGCGUGGCUUUUGGGGACAGCCGUCACAACAUGACAUGUGGUGGUACCACUGACGGUGGACAUGACUCAUCUCUUCACAGAGAGCAACUGCUUCUGUCUGCGCUGCGAACGUCAGAGCUGGUUCAGUAUAAUCACAUCCUCCAGGCUUGUCGCAGAACACACGCAGUCAUGCAUGUUGGUAUAUGCCUUUUCACGGCAGGUAUAGUUCUCUGCGCAGUGAUCCUUUCGGAGCCAUUGUCGCUUUCCAGCCAAAAAGCAAAACUAGGUAUUAUGGCUAUUAUUCGUCUGCAUCAGAAUAGCUUUCCGGAUCGACAACUUCUUUCAGCUCAAAGUAUGAAGAUUCUUGAGGACUCAGUAGCUGCGGUCAUGCAAUUCGAACAGCAGCUUAUUCUUGGCGGUCUUCGGCCUAGAUCGCCUAACACUAGACCCAGAAACUUGAUCGAAGCCGAUGUGGUCGCGUCCGCUAGCCAGGAUAGUGGUCAUGGCACUUUACCAGCUGCAGAUAACGAAGCCUUUUUGACCCCUUUACAGGAAGUAUUUGCUCAACACCUGCAAGGCGGGGCUCUUGGGAUCGAAUCGACGAAUGAAAUAAUGAAUGAUCAAACUCCUCAGAAUUUUUCCGGUUCCUAUGAGGAAUAUCUAAUGCUGGGACCUCCAACAUUUUCUUGGGACGGGGGCUUAUAUUCAACACUCGAUCCUGACUCUGCCGAUGCCAAUCAACUAUGGUUAUGGUCAGACAGUACAUUACAGAACUUUUUAUAG